GGGCGGAGGCGGAAACGGAAACCUACUUAAGGCCGAGUGGACUCCUUUGCCGCGUGCGGAGGUAGUGGUGGAUUGGUGAGCCCGUGCGGAGGGACUUCGGAAGAGACAGAUCCAGGAUCCCGGCAUCCCGGCAUCCCGGCAUCCCGGCAUCCCGGCAUCGUUAGUGCCCUUAGGCCUCAUGGCGGUCCGAGCGUCUUUCGAGAACAACUGUGAGAUCGGCUGCUUUGCCAAACUCACCAACACCUACUGCCUAGUGGCCAUUGGAGGGUCCGAGAACUUCUACAGUGUGUUCGAGGGUGAGCUCGCCGAUACCAUCCCCGUGGUGCACGCGUCCAUCGCCGGCUGCCGCAUCAUCGGCCGCAUGUGUGUGGGGAACAGACACGGUCUCCUGGUGCCCAACAAUACCACCGACCAGGAACUGCAGCACAUUCGCAACUGCCUCCCAGACUCGGUGCAGAUCCGGAGGGUAGAGGAGCGGCUCUCAGCCCUGGGCAAUGUCACCACUUGCAACGACUAUGUGGCCUUGGUUCACCCAGACCUGGACAGGGAAACGGAAGAAAUCCUGGCUGAUGUGCUCAAGGUGGAAGUCUUCAGACAGACAGUGGCUGACCAGGUGCUCGUAGGAAGCUACUCUGUCUUCAGCAAUCAGGGAGGCCUGGUACAUCCCAAGACUUCAAUUGAAGACCAGGAUGAGCUGUCCUCUCUUCUUCAGGUCCCCCUUGUGGCGGGCACCGUGAACCGAGGCAGCGAGGUGAUUGCCGCUGGGAUGGUGGUGAACGACUGGUGUGCCUUCUGUGGCCUGGACACAACCAGCACAGAGCUGUCCGUGGUGGAGAGCGUCUUCAAGCUGAACGAAGCCCAGCCAAGCACCAUCGCUACCAGCAUGCGGGACUCCCUCAUUGACAGUCUCACCUGAGUCACCUUCCAUGCUGUUCUGUGGGCUCUUGGCUCUGGACUUCGGCUCCCUCCAUGCCCCACCCAGUAUGUUCUGGAUGCUGGCGGGGAGUUUGCAGAGAGCUCACUGGGACUGAGUGGCUGGAUGCCCAGUUUUUCACCUGUGCCCAUCUCCUGAAUCUACAGUUACUGCAAAAAUCGCCAUGUUGUGCUGUCUGUCAGGCCUUAAGCGCUCCUGACUGACUGCUCUGUUUGCUGUACCACUUCCAUUAAAGGGCAGCUGCCUCUUGCUAUUCUCGAA